GUGAUGUUUUCAUCAGCUCGCCGAUUUAUAAUAGAUAAUUAACCUAGAAAUAUAAAACUUUGCAAUACUAUUUUUAAUAAUUUAUGUAAUAUUAUAAAUAACAUACAUAAUUAGUCAUAGGGAUUAUAACCAUUAAAAAUGUCUGCAGCGAAACGAGUACAGCAAUGGGCUACUUUUGCUCGUACUUGGCAUGUGUUUGAUUGCAAGUGGCAGGAUCCAUACCAGUCAGCCAAUUUAAUUAAAAAGUAUUUAUUGGGUUUACAUAAACCGAUUUACCAUCCCAUGAACGAUUGUGGAGAUGUUGUUGUUUGUGUCAAUAGCAGAGAUAUAGCUUUAAGAGGUGACGAAUGGCGGAAACGGGCAUAUUUCCACCAUACGGGCUACCCUGGAGGAGCUUCUUGGACCCUAGCUUGGGAAGUUCAUAACAAGGACCCAACUAUGAUAAUUAAAAAGGCAGUAUACAGAGCAAUGAAGGGAAACCUGCAGAGACGGCACACAAUGCAAAGAUUAUUUAUAUAUCCAGGAGAAGAGAUACCAGAUGACGUAAAACAAAAUGUAACAAACCAAAUCCGACAACUGCGUUUAGUACCUACUAGAUUAGAUCAUAUACCUGAAGAAGAAGUACAAAAGUUCCCCAAAGUUAUGGAUUACCCAAGCGAUUAUGUUUUAAAAUGAGUAAUAAUAUAUGUGUCAUUUAUAGGUUUUAGUCAUAAAUUGUAGAUAAUAAAUCUGUUCAAGUGA